CGAGUUGUACCUGAACAUACCAUACAUGUGUGCGCACUCCACUGUGAAUCGUUGGUAGGUCCUUACGCACAUAGACAUCGGCGGGACAUAGAACUAUCACAGCAAGAUGGCCGAGACAGACGUUGAUAAUGAACUUCUGGACUAUGAGGAGGACGAGGAGCCACAGGGAGUUCCCGAGAGUGGGACCCCAGCAACCAAGAAGGAAGUGAAGGGGUCAUACGUAUCCAUUCACAGCUCAGGGUUCAGAGACUUUCUCCUUAAACCUGAGCUUCUCCGUGCAAUUGUUGACUGUGGUUUUGAGCAUCCCUCAGAAGUCCAACAUGAGUGUAUUCCACAAGCUAUCCUGGGCAUGGACAUCCUGUGUCAGGCCAAGUCUGGUAUGGGAAAGACAGCAGUGUUUGUCCUUGCCACCCUGCAACAGAUAGAACCUGUAGAUGGCCAGGUAUCUGUCCUUGUAAUGUGCCACACGCGAGAAUUGGCCUUCCAGAUCAGCAAAGAGUACGAGCGCUUCUCCAAAUACAUGCCCACUUGA